CAUUCUCUUUUUUGGUGGCCUAAUAGCUGAGUGAAAGUGAUAAAGCAAAUCAGUCGUUGAACAGCUGCUCGAGCUGUAAGAAUUACAAUUUUGGUAGAGUAAGUCCCGAAUUUUAAUCUGAUACUCAAGAUUAUAACUGGAAGUGGUGCCACACUAACCGGACCGAGUCUAAAAAUUGUCGACGGGCAAAGUUCAGAAGGCAGUCAGUCUGGAUGGGAACUUUGUCAUUGAGCGAUUUUAUGGAGGUGAGAAUCCCUGUACCUUGGGGUCACAUUGCUGGUCGUUGGUAUGGCAAUCGAAAGGAGCGACCGAUCCUGGCAAUCCACGGAUGGUUGGACAAUCUGGGCACCUUCGAUCGGUUGAUUCCCCUACUUCCCGACUAUAUAGGAGUACUCUGUAUAGAUCUUCCUGGACAUGGCAAAUCCUCUCGAAUUCAGCCAGGGAUGCACUAUUCCGUCUACGAUUACAUCAUCAUCAUUCCGCGAGUGAAGAAGGAGUACGGAUGGUCAAAGGUCUCCCUGAUGGGUCACUCCUUGGGUGGCAUCAUAAGCUUCCUUUACACUUCACUGGCUCCUCAUACUGUGGAUAUGGUCAUAUCCCUGGACAUUGUGAGGCCUAUGACACCAGAACCUAAAAAGGUAAUUGGUCGUCUAGUUCAGACCAUAGAAAAGCAUAUGGUAGUUGAGGAUCGCCAGGAGGAGAGUAAUCUGCACGAGCCGCCCUCCUACAUAAUGUCUCAAUUGACCGAAAUCCUUGCCAAAGGAAGUUCCAAUUCCGUGCCACCCGAGUUGGCCAAGCACCUUCUUCAUCGUCAGCUGUCGAAGUCGAAACUAUACCCAAAGAAGUACUAUUUCGCCAGAGAUGGACGGGUGAAAUUCUACCAUCACACACAAAUGGAACCUGGACUCACUGAGGAACUGUCAAAGCGCAUCAAAAAGAAGCCCUACUUGAUCAUAAAGGGAUCAAAGUCUCCAAUGAUUGGAGUUCUAAGCGAGAGGCCAUUGUCCAUCUUGCGUGAAAAUAAUCCGCACUUUGAGUUCCAUGUGGUUGAAGGAGGUACCCAUCAUGUCCAUCUGCAUGCCGCCGAGGAGUGUGCCCGGUUUAUAGUACCCUUCAUCCGACGUCAUCGACCACCAACCUUGACUUCUUGGUCUUUAACCGCAAAGGAGCAGCAACUUAACGCCAAAGAAAAUCACAGGCAACAAGAAAGAUUCUUUGAGAGGAGGAAAAACAAUCACAGCAAACUAUAAAGUAUUUUAUAAUAGUUUAUAUAUGUAUUGAUUUUGCCAAUCACUUGACAAUUUCAUUAGCAUAAUUAAAAAAAAUUUAUCACAAUAUAAUAAGAGGUUAAGCCCUACAGACUAAAGUCACUGUCUUCAGCUGAUCAAGAUCAGAUAUAACUACAUUAAAUGAUUUUAUGCUAACUAAAAUACUUAAAUAAGUUGCUAUUAACUGACAAGUAAAAUCAUUCAAGUAAACCUAAAGAUUAUGUUUGUAUCUCUUGCUCAACUUAAAAGUUAAAUAUUA